UAUGAUCUCAGUUUACGUAAUAAAUAAACAGAAUAUGUGUAAGGGAUAUUUUGUUAAAAGAAAACUUGAUUUCUAUGAACAUAAAAGGUAAUAUGCAUAUCUGGGUUUCGACAGCCAUAAUAACACUGCUGGUGUUUGAAGUGUAUACAGUUGAUGGAGCUCUUACAGUUUCAUAUUAUGGCACUAAUAAAGUUAAUUCUACGACAUACGGUCUAAAAUGUGGAAUUCCCAUAUUUAUUUCCCAAGCGGUUUGGAGUAAAGCUGGGACAUCUAUGUCAACGUGUUUCAUAUCUGGCUGUUUGACAACAUCUUCUCCGCCAUAUAGAUUUCGACACAGUACGUCUGCGAUAUAUGUAGAUUUCAGUGUUUUGACGGCAAAUGAAACUGGCAUACAAUGGACUUGUGCACAUAUAGGAGAUACUAUGGUCCAUUUUAAAGUUGAAGUUGAUUUAACUCCUGAAAGAGAAGAAUUAUUAGUUGAUCCUGAAGAUAGCAACGUUGGAUUAUCGAGUGGUGUUAAAGCAGGUAUUGGUGUCGGUUCAAUAAUAGCUGCCAUGGGAUUAGUUUUGAUUGGUAUAUUAAUUGUCAAACAAAGAAAAAAAAACAGUUCUGAAAAUGAAAGAAUGAUUUUAACGAGUGCUGGUCAACCAUCAACUAAAAGCACUGGAUAUGAACACGGAACAUCGAACGAUGACAAUCCAGAAGAAAAGAGAGAAAAGAACAAUAAGAAUUACGGAACAUCGAACGAUGAGAACGCAGAAGAAAAGAAUGUUAUAACCAAUACAGAUGCGUGUCAAGAUGAAUCGAACGACCGGCAACCUAUUUUUUCAAAACAAGAAGAUAAUUAAGCCAUUUAUAGAGGAUGAAAUCCAAAACAGGGAUUUAGAAACGUUGCUUUACAUCUGUUUGUAAUGAGUAGGAAACUAUGAGUCAUUUGAGAUUGACAAUAUAGUGCUAAAUUGAAAGUCAACUUACAAGAUUCAAAACUUGAGACAUUUAUCUGUAUUUUAGUGAUUUUAGAAAAUGAGGAGAGUAAACGAUGUAGAGUUAGAAUAUUUCAUAACUUUUUCUUGAUUUUAUUCAAUAUUUACGUAGAAUGAGAUUGUUUGAAUAAUAAAUCUUAAAAAUACAUGAUGUUGGAAUCGAAGGACAUAAUUUCCGUGUGACCCAGUACAGAGGUAUCUGUUUUUGGUACUAUCAAACUCUUGGGACCUAAUGCGCCAAUUAAAUGUAUAUUGAACUGGCAACUAAGGCUUGAUGUCCAUUGAUUUCCACUAUUAGUCUUUGUAAAAUAUGCACUUUUCAAAAGAAUGUGCAGGACUUCUCUUUGUUUUAAAUAAAGUAAUAUUUGGCAUGAGUCAAGUUUUAUCCCGUCCAGUACUAUAGAUAAAAUUUCACAUAACAUUUCAUAAGAAAAAAAACUUCACUUGAAGUUAACCAAUCAAAAUUCCCCCGUUAUUUAACAUGUGUACAAGCUUUUAAUCUAGUAACCAUGUAACCUCAAGUUGUCAAACUAUUCUAUAGUAACCCCAUUAGAAGAAAUAAAGGUAAUUUGAAUUACCCAAGAAUAAGAUUUAUGAUCCAAAAAUGUUUCACUGGAAUACAAUGUAGGAUUACUUACCUACAACUUACAUAAUCAAGGUAAUAUUUUUUCCAUACCUAUUUUCGGGGGAAUUCGUAUGCAACAGGAUGUGACGUAUCAUGGUUUGAUGGUAUUACACUUGCUAUAGUUGCUUAUUAAUAAAAUGUGUUAAAAUUU